AGCUGAGAUUUGGUGGGGAAAUGGGUCAUCUCGCCAACUCUUUUCUCUUCUGCCUACUGGUUUGGUGGAUGGGCGUCCCCACUAACCAAGAAGUUGUCUACUUCUUGGAAGGCCCUUUCAACCUGACAUCCUCCUUAGGCAAGGAUGUGAAGCUGUCCUGUUCCAUCCAUACCGUUGGUGAGCCGCCAGAGGUCAGCUGGAUUCGCGAUGGUGCCAUGCUCGAGCUCGCUGACAGUAAUCAGGUUCAGGUGCCCCUGGAUGAAGAGGUGUGGGUGACCACCAGUGUGCUGAGCAUCCCUUCUGUGCAGCUUUUGGACAUGGGAGAUUACCAGUGUGUGGCAUCUGUGAACGGCUCUGACAUCCUCUCUGACAAAGCUUAUUUGGGACUGGAAGGUCUUCCCUUUUUUGCUGACGAGCCCCAAGACCUGGAGGUGAUGGCCGGGACCCCUUUCAACCUCACCUGCGGAGCUCAGGGUCCACCGGAGCCCGUGCAAGUAAUAUGGUUGCAAGACAGCAUUCCUCUAAACUUCCUGGGUGACCCUCUGUCCUGGGCCCCUUCAGUACUGGCUGUGAGAGGCCUGAACCGCAGCACCUCCUUUUCGUGCGAGGCUUACAACGCUAAGGGAAUGAGCACGUCUCGGACAGCCACGGUUACAGUGGUACCCGGACGGCCACGAGCCUUAACCCUUGUGCACUCCACUGACCGCAGCUUGGAAGUGGCGUGGGAGCCUGGUCCCAGUGGAGCCUAUGCUCUGGAGGUCUGCACCAUCCAGGCUGUGCGCUCGGAUGAAGACCUCAGCACCAUCUCCGAGAGGGCACUCUAUAACCAGAACCUCAACGUGCCCCCCUUCCGCCACUCCCUCAUUGGCCUGAUCCCCUUCACCCGCUACCAUGUGCGUUUGUCCUGUCGAUCCAGAGAGGGCAACUCCCCUUGGACCCACUGGGUUGCUAUGGAAACCCUGGAAGGAGUGCCGACAGCUGCCCCAGAGAACAUCACGGCAUUUCAGAACAGCUCAUGCACCAUCAUACAGUGGGGGGAGCUGCGAGGCGACGUCAACGGCAUCCUGCGUGGGUACAAGCUCAUCUGUCAGAGAGGCGACUCCCCUGAGGUGGUUGUGGACGUGGGACUAACCCAUGAGAGAAUCUUGGAGUGGAACUCAUCCAUGAGGAAUCUGACAAUACGAGUCGCAGCUUACACGGGGGCAGGCGACGGACCCUGGAGUCACGCUGUCAUGGUUUCCCCCUUGGGUUUUGAUGAAUUUUCACCGCGAGCUCAGCAAGUAGAAAAUGCUGCUCCUGCCUUCUCCUGGCACUGGUGGUAUGUGGUGAUCUCUGUAGCAGUGGCCUCCACGGCUGCCAUUUUCAUCAUCAGUUUCUUGACACGGAUGAGGAGGAAAGAAACACGAUAUGGGGAAGCGUUUGAACCCAACAUGGAGCAGGGAGAACUGGUGGUUCACUACCGUGUCCGCAAAUCGUAUAGUCGCCGAACGACUGAAGCCACCUUGAACAGUCUGGGGAUUAGCGAGGAGCUGAAAGAGAAGUUGCGAGAUGUGAUGAUCGAUCGCCACAAGGUGGCGCUGGGGAAAACCCUUGGGGAAGGUGAAUUUGGCUCUGUCAUGGAGGGGCAGCUCAGUCAAGACGGGGCCGUCCUGAAGGUCGCAGUUAAGACCAUGAAGAUCGCCAUCUGCACCCGCAGCGAGAUGGAGGACUUCCUCAGCGAGGCGGUCUGUAUGAAGGACUUCGACCACCCCAACGUCAUGAAGCUGAUUGGAGUCUGCUUACAGAACACAGAAAGCGAAGGAUACCCCUCCCCGGUGGUAAUUUUGCCUUUCAUGAAACAUGGAGACUUGCACAGCUUCCUGUUGUACUCCCGGCUCGGAGAAACCCCACUGUACCUGCCCACGCAGACGCUGGUCAAGUUCAUGACAGACAUCGCUAGUGGGAUGGAGUAUCUCAGUAGCAAGAAUUUCAUCCAUCGUGACCUUGCUGCCCGCAACUGCAUGCUGAACGAGAGCAUGACAGCCUGUGUGGCUGACUUUGGCCUCUCCAAAAAGAUCUACAAUGGGGACUAUUAUCGGCAAGGUCGUAUCUCCAAGAUGCCGGUCAAGUGGAUCGCCAUUGAGAGCCUGGCAGAUCGUGUUUACACCAUCAAGAGUGAUGUGUGGUCGUUUGGCGUCACCAUGUGGGAGAUAGCGACACGAGGCCAAACGCCGUACCCUGGUGUGGAAAACAGUGAGAUUUAUGACUACCUGCGCCAGGGCAACCGCCUCAAACAGCCAAUCGACUGCCUAGAUGGCCUGUAUGAACUUAUGAUGAGCUGUUGGGCCCUCAACCCACGAGACCGUCCCAGCUUCGAAGUCCUGCACUGGGCCCUGGAGAAAAUCCUCAAGUCCCUCCCUCCGUCUAAGGACCCUGAAGAGAUCCUCUAUGUCAACAUGGAUGAUGGGGUGGCUGCUGAGGAAGCAGAGCUGGGGGCCGUUGGGGGCCUGGGCCCCGAGGAGCCCCCUGCCAAGGAGAGCCAGCCUCUCAAGCCUGCUGUGACAGCGGCUGAGGUGCACCAUCCCCAGGCGAUGGGCCGCUACGUGAUGUGCCCCACUCCACACGAGAGCAGCCGGCUGCUAACUGAUACCCCUGGUUGUGCCGCCACAGAGGAAGGGGCUUGA